GGAGAGAAAUCUGAGAAUCCUGAACCUUCGGCCUUAGCUCUUCUUGGAUUCCAUCGGCGUUCUCCAACCAUCAUUCCUCUUUAGUCUUCAACAUCGCCGGCGUGAGUGUGCUAGAGAGCGUCGUCCGUCACUGCUGCCGCGAGGUUCUCUCUUCCCUGCUCUGCUGUUGUUUAGUUCAAACCCUGCACGUGCGCUUGAGUUGGUUGCUAUCAGUUCUUCUUCUUUCUUUUCCGCCAGUCAGCUUGCUGUCGUCGACAGGUGCGACAGCUCCGUCCGCCGUUGUUGUGAAGUUCUACUAUUGCAGUUUGGACACAACCGAGAGAUUGAAAACUUGCAAUGGAAUAUACUGUCUAUGGAGAAUCUUCGUCCAGCUUUGAUGCUUUAAAUUCAAGUCCGAAAUGGAAAUAUGAUGUUUUCUUGAGCUUUGCAGGAAAAGACACGCGGUUGAAGUUUACAGAUCACUUAUAUGAUGCUUUCAAUAGGAGUGGGAUUAGAGCUUUUAGGGAUGAUGAAGGAAUAGAGAGAGGGGAAGAUUUAUCCAAGCAACUGCUUCAAGCAAUUGAGGAUUCUCUGUGUGCAGUUGUUGUUCUUUCUGAAAAUUACGCAAAUUCAAAAUGGUGUUUGAAUGAACUCCAAAAGAUUCUUGAAUGUAGGAAUAAAUUGGGUCAACGAGUUUUUCCAAUUUUCUAUGAUGUAGAUCCAUCUGAUAUAAGGUAUCAGAGAAAGAGUUUUGGAGAAGCUUUGGCUAAACAUGAAGAGAGAUUCAGAAAUAACAACCACAAUCACAAAGGUCUUGGUUGGUUUUCAGCAUUCGCGAACCUCGGUUUGGGCUUCAAACAACGUUUUUGGCUGCCAAACACUCAUUCUAACAUGUUCAAACUGCAAACUUGGAAAAAAGCUCUGUUUGAAAUUGGCAACUUGUCCGGUUGGGAUACCAGGGGUCGGCGUGAAUCAGAUUUGAUAAAAAAUAUUGUUGGAGGGAUAUGGACUUAUUUAUGUUCUAAAUUACCAACUUAUGGUGAUAAUCUAGUAGGGAUUGAAUCAAAAAUGGUUGAUAUGAUGUCAUACCUGGAAAUUGGGUUGGAUGACGUCUAUUUUGUAGGAUUGUGGGGUAUGGGCGGUAUCGGUAAAACAACUCUUGCUAGAGUUGUUUACGAUAAAAUCUCACAUAAAUUUGAUAUGUGUUGCUUCCUUGCUAAUGUUAGAGAAACCUCACAAAGAGAAGGUCUAGUUUCUUUACAUAGAAAGCUUCUUUCUCAUCUCAAAAUAAAGAACAUGGAAAUUGAUGAUGUGUAUGAAGGAAAGAAGAUAUUACAAAAUCUUUUUUUCAAUAAAAAGGUUCUUCUUGUCCUUGAUGAUGUAGAUCAUAUGAAACAAAUUCAAAUUUUGGCACAAAGUCCAAAGUGGUUUGGUAGAGGAAGUAGAGUAAUCAUAACAACAAGAGAUAGCCACUUGCUCACCACAUCUAAAGUGCAAAGAAUAUAUGAGGUGAAAAUCAUGAAGGAAGAAGAAUCUCUUCAACUCUUAUCUAACAAAGCAUUCAACCAAGAUCAUCCUAAAAUAGAUUAUUUGGAGCUGUCUAUCUCUGUGGUUAAAUAUACAGGAGGUCUUCCUUUGGCACUUAAUGUUUUGGGUUCUUUUCUUUGUGGAAGAAGUAAAGCUGAAUGGAGAGAUACUUUGGAUAGAUUGAAGCAAAUUCCAGAUAAUGAUAUUCUUCAAAUACUUAAAAUAAGUUAUGAUGGCUUAAAUGAGGAAGAAAAGACAAUAUUUUUGGAUAUUGCUUGUUUUUUCAAGGGAUGGAGGAAAGUUGAAGUAGCCCAAAUUUUGGAAGAUUGUGAUCUUCACCCAACAAUUGGAAUGAAAGUUUUGAUGGAAAAAGCUCUACUAAUUGAAAAGAAAGAUCUUUUGGGACGCUGUGUUUUAGAAAUGCAUGAUUUACUUGAAGACUUGGGGAGGUAUAUUAUUUGUCAAGAAUCUCCCAAUGCUGGCCAGCGUAGUAGAUUGUGGGAGUUAGAGGACAUUAAUGAAGUAUUGAAAAAUAAGAAGGGAUCUAAAGCAAUGCAAGCUAUUGUGUAUCGGUAUUUAGGUGAUGAUGUAGUAGUACAUCCUCAAGUCUUUUCAGAGACGAGUAAUAUUAGACUACUCAUCUUAUCAAGGGAUUUCAAGCCUUUUGGUGGUCUCAAAUGUCUUCCUAGUGCAUUAAAAGUUUUUCAAUGGCGAGAAUUUCCUUUAGAAACUCUCCCAUUUGAAGCUCCGUUGGAUAAACUUGUUGAUAUUCAAAUGCAUAAGAGCAAAAUAAAGAAACUUUGGAAUGGGGUACAGUUUAUGAAAAAGUUGAAACGCAUUGAUCUGAGUUAUUCCCGAUACUUGAACGAAACUCCAGACUUCUCAGAAGUUCCAAAUUUAGAAAAACUAAUUCUUGAAGGUUGCUCAUCUCUUGUCAAGGUUCAUCCCUCACUUGGAAAACUGCACAAGGUUGUUCUGGUGAACUUGUGCAACUGCAAGAAUCUCAAAAGCCUUCCAAGAAAAUUGGAAAUGAACUCUCUGAUAGAAUUAAAUCUUUUUGGGUGCUCCAAAGUUGAACUGCUCCCAGAGUUUGGGGAAGGUAUGAAAAAUUGUCAUAUCUUGAAAUGAGAGACACUUCUGUAACUAUACUUCCCGGAUCACUUGGGUUCUUGAGCGGUCUUAGAUAUUUGUAUUUGGAGUCCUGCAAAAUUCUUAAUCUUCGCGGGUUGUUGGAGAAUCUCAAAGCUCCCCAAGUAUCUGGCU